GACGCCAACGAAUCCAAUCCAAUCCAUUUGUGGAAGCCAUUGACUGAGGCAAGUGGUAAAUCGGUAAAUCGUGGUUGUUUGGGUUGUGCGUGCGGUUUGUCGAGUGAGCCCAGUGGCCCAGUGAUCGCUCCGUGUCGUCCGUCCAGUGGGCAGGGUGCCAUGAUGUCCCUGUACGACGGCGUCGGUUUGGACUCCAAGGAGCGGGGUCCCCGAGACCAGAAGCCCGACCUGACGGGCUGGUCAUCAGGCAUCAAGCUGCUCCAGUCGCAGCUGCAGCUCAAGAAGGCCGCUCUCACGCAGCCCAGGCGGGACCAGGCCCGCAAGGGAGGCGCCAUCAUGGCCCCCGUCAUGGACCUCAAGUCCCGGAGGGAGGAGCCGGACGAGAUGCCGCCACCCCCAGCCAUUUUUGCCCAGGCCAGGGAGGGCAAGAGCUCGCUGCUGGGCGGCGAGUGGGACGUGCGACUGGAGUACGACCCCCUGUGGCCCAACGACUACGAGAAGCUGAUGAAGGAGCGCAAGGAGCGCCGGGAGAAGGAGGACAGGCGCCACGAGGACAGGAAGCGGCGGGAGAAGGGAGAGCGCGGCCAGGACAAGGAGCGGCCCCGGCCGGCCGAGCCGGAAGAGGACUCCCCACCCCGGCCACAGAGGGGGGGUGCCUCGGGGGCGGCCAUUGCCCCUCCCCCAUCCCUGGUGGAAGAGACCGGCAGCCCGGGCCGGGACGACACUGGGUCGCGCCACCCGGGACUCGGGUCCGGCUCUGUGGCCCAGCGCAUCAUGGCCCGGUACGGCUACAAGGCCGGCCAGGGGCUGGGCAAGCUGGAGCAGGGCAUGAGCCAGGCCCUGCUGGUUGAGAAGACCAGCAAGCGGGGAGGGAAGAUCAUCCACGAGAAGGACAUCCCCAAGCAGGCCGAGCCGGCGUCCCUGUCCCCUCAGCCGAGCCAGCAGCAGACGGCCGAGUCCAUCACGGACAUGAUGCGCAACCCCUCCAAGGUGGUGCUCCUGAAGAACAUGGUGGGCCCCGGGGAGGUGGACGAGGAUCUGGAACCCGAGACGAAGGAGGAGUGCUCCAAGUACGGCGAGGUAGUUCGCUGCCUCAUCUUCGAGAUCCCCGGGGUGAGCGACGACGAGGCCGUGCGCAUCUUUAUCGAGUUCAAGCGGCUCGAGUCGGCCAUCAAAGCCGUGGUGGACAUCAAUGGGCGCUACUUCGGCGGGCGGGUGGUCAAAGCAUCCUUCUACGACCAUGACAAGUUCAAGCGCCUGGAGCUGGCAGAAUAAGGCAUCUGCGGGUGUCCCUUUUGCACUUGUACAUACUUUUUGAGGGACAGAAAAAUAAACACGACCAAGUCUCCA